AUGGCGGCACGGAGUAUCUCUGCUCCCUCGGUCGUUGAGACCAAGACCAAUGAUGGCAAACGGCCCAAGAGACCGACCCUACAGACCCCUCUCUCGGCCUCAUAUCCAUCGGAAGUCAAAAGCCCUUUCCCUGGAACACCGAGCUUCAUAAAGAGGGAAGAGAACAUCAAGACUCCCGUUACACCUCCAGUGGCUUAUUUGGACUUCCUCAAAUCUAUGUCGACUGGUCUUGCAAGUCCACUUACCACCGGAACAAGCUCGAAGUUCCACUUCAGCGACAAGGUUCCAAGCGAAGUCAUUGAAGAGACGGACGAGACUUCACCAGAUGUCACACCAGAGAUAGUACAGCCGCCGCUUUCUCGCACAAACUCCACCUGCUCCGAGUCUUCUACCACAUCUGCGAUCUCGAGCUCUACCGAAUCAGUACAUUCAGUCUCUAGCACGAUCUCGGAGAGCAAACGCAAGAUCAGACCACAAUCACCUCGUGUCAUCAUUCCUCCUUCUCCUUUUGCAAAGCCUCGGUCUGCCAAGCUUCCAAGAGGCAUUCAGGUUCCCCUUUCUCCCAUGUCACCCGCCAACCUCCGAUCACCCAUGAGUGCCCGCCCUCACCAUGAGCCUCACAGCGCAUCUGCAUUGAGCGGUACCCCUUGGAGCGCUACGUAUUCACCAACGGAGGCUGAGAGCAGUACCACCAGCAAGAUGAGCGUCCGACAAGUGGUUACAAGGACAGUAACAUACUCACGUACGCCCCUCGAUCCUGCACCCAAGGGCAAAAGGAGAAAGAUCGAAGAAUGA